UUUCCCUCAUGGCUCUUUCUUUCAUUCUUGAAAGGCGCAGGCGUGUGAGCGAGCAUCAAGCGUGGUUUCGACGUGCUCCAAACGGAGCCUAAAUUGUUUCUAUUUGUUUUCUAAGUUCAAAUUUCACGCUAGCCAUGGCCGCCGUUGAUGAAGUUGGUGUGUGCGCGCUUGUGUUCGAGUUUCUCUCUAAAAAGGACAAAUCAUUAGCGCAUUUGUUUCAACAGAAGACAAAAGCGGUAAGCCUUCCCAAAGGAUCACCCACAAUUUUUGAUGUGGUGAACUAUUAUCAAAGCACAUCACCCAAGAAGAUUGUUGUGAAGGGCCAAGCCAAAAAAGAUUCCAGUUCCGAUUCCAGUUCAGAAUCUGAAGAUGAAGCGCCCAAAAAAGUAAAUGGAAUUGCUAAACCAGUUCAGAAGCCAGUGAACGGCAAGGCAGCGGCAGAGUCUUCAAGUGAUGACAGCAGUGAUUCUGAUGAGCCUGCAGUGAAGAAACCUGUUGCUGCUGCCAAACCAGCAGCUAAGCCUGCCCCCCAGAAGAAACAGGAAUCCAGUGACGAUAGUGAUAGUGACAGCUCUGAUAAUGAUGAACCUGCCAAGAAGCCAGCUACCCCUGCCAAGCCUACCCCGGCUAAAGCCACUCCAGCCAAAGCCACCCCAGCCAAAGCCGCUACAGCUAAGGCUGCUCCCAAGAAACAAGAAAGCAGCAGUGAUUCUGACGACUCUGACUCCUCUGAGGAAGAUGUCCCCAAAGUUGCCACCAAAGCUGCUGCUGCUGCUGCUCCAGCAAAGCCAGUCGCUGCCAAGAAGGCUGAAUCUAGCUCUUCAGAUGAUUCCUCUGAUUCAGAUGAGGAGCCUCCCAAGGGAAAGCAGGCCAAGCCUGCUCCUCCCAAGGCAGCUGCACAGGAGGAGUCUUCUUCAGAUGAUAGCAGUGAUGACGAUGAUGGUGCGGUUGUUGCUCCUGCUUUCAAACCGGGCCAAAAGGCUCCAGCUGUCGCCACCAAAGCCAAGCCCGCUAGCAGUAGCAGUGACUCUGACAGUGACAGCGAUAGCGAUACACCUGUUAAAACUCCAGCCAAAACACCAGCCAAACCAGUAACACCCAAACCUACUCCAGCUGCAAAGAAACCUCAGGAUUCGUCUGAUGAUUCUGAUUCCUCCGACAGCAGUGAAGAAGAGACUCCUCCCAAGAAGGCUGCACCUGCUAAAGCUGUGACCCCCAAGGCUGCCCCUAAGAAGGAUGAUAGUUCGUCAGAUGACUCAUCGAGUGAUGAUGAAACCCCAGCUCCUAAACCAGGGACACCUGCUGCCAAAGCUGGUGAUAAGAGGAAGCGCAAGGAAUCAUCCUCAUCAGAAGAAGAUGGUGAUGAUGAUGCUGCCCCUGCCCCAGCUAAAAAGCAGCCCUACUCCAACUUCGUCAAAGCUACCAGUAAUGGGAUGAGGAGAAUGGGGAAGAAAAGGACGCCAGUUGGACUGAGGACCGCCGGGGGUCGUUCGGUGGCGAUCGUGGGAGAGGGGGAAGGGGUCGUGGCUUCGACAGGGGUGGGCGGGGUGGCCGCGGAGGGUUCGGCAGCCGCGGCGGUGGAGGCGGAGGGUUCCGAGGCAACCGUGAUGGUGGGGACCGGGGCGGUUUCCGAGGGGGAUUCAGAGGCAACAACCGCGGGGGCGGCGACCGAGGUGGCUUCAGGAGAAGUUUUGGAGACAGUGAGGAAGGUGGUCGCGGGGGUUUCGGAAGGGGGCGGGGGGGUCGUGGCGGGUUCGGGGGUGGCGACCGUAGAAGUAGUGGCGGAUUCCAGAAGUCCUUUGGGGGUGCCAGUGGUGGCGGUGGGAGUAACAAAAAGAUCACUUUUGACGAUUGAGAGGUGCUCGAGGUUCCUGGGGUGAGAGGGCGAACCAAGAUUUGAGGUUUACUAAGGGAAAGUCCUUCCGUCAUGAGAAGACAAAGAAGAAACGUGGAACCUACCGUGGUGGUCAGAUUGAUGUGACUGUGAACUCUAUUCGUUUUGACUGAGACCGUUGUUACAGUGAUGCCUGUUGACACAUUAUCUGUAUCCUGGUAGGCAGGUUUACAAAUUAAUUAUUUGUUAUGUGUUGUCCAAUAUUGGACAUAAGUGUUACCUAUUUUGUAUCGUUUUAGGAUUAUAUUAAGGGGUGUUUCAAGAAGUGACGCCUGUUUUGCUAGUUAUAACUAAAAAGUUUUACUUUUUAAACGCUUCGGCUUUAUGAUGUACCUUGUAAGAUUAUUAUACUUGUAAAUAUGUCUUGUGUGAAUGAUUAGUAUUACUUGACUACAAGUUUGUCAGGUGUGUUGAAGCCUGGUGAAAAGAAAUUAUUGCACUAGUUUUCUCAAGCUAGAUAUGUGAUCACAUUCAAUAAACUGUCUGAUCUGGCAUAUUUUUUAUUCAA